AUGCAUACCAAUUCUACUGGCUCUAAGCCUGUCGUCUUUAUUGGUGCCGCAGACGCGAUAUGCGGAGAAGCUAUCAGGCUUUUCGUACAAGCAAGCGACGUGCCUGUCAUCCUCGCAGACUCCGAUGAGGAUGCACUUCGCGCAGUUGUUGCCAAACUGCCUGGUAAAAAUAUCACUAUCCGCAAGGUGGACCUAUUCAAUCCGGAUGAGUUACGAAGCACCAUUACCGAAGCUGCACUCGUGAUUCAAGGAGCACAACCAUAUCAUCGGACCUCGGCACCAGUACUCACAGCUUGUAUCGACGCAAAGGUACCCUACCUAGACUAUUCCGAUGACGUGAACAGUACACAAGCGUCACUGGAUUUACAUGAGCAGGCAGAGAGGGAGGGCGUCCCUUGCUACAUCAAUUGCGGCUCAUCCCCGGGCAUGACAAACCUCAUAGCCAUUGAUAUUGCCAAAGAACUUGAUACCGUCGAGAGCCUCGAUAUAUGCUGGCUUGUCAGUGAAGAGGGUGGCCAAUUGGGUCGAGAGGUGUUAGAGCAUCUGAUGCAUAUCACGGGUGGACCUUGUUUAACCUGGGCCGACGGAAAGGCCGCCGUUCACGAGAACUGGGUCGAGACAGCUUUUGCUCCUAUUAUUACUGGUUCUAGCGAUCUUUUCUACGAGAGUGUUCAUCCCGAGCCGGUUACCUUGCCACGCCGACUAAAAGAUAUUACUCGAAUUCGGACCAUGGGCGCUCUUAGCCCUGCGCCAUUCAACGGCUUUGCACGAGGCCUUGGCGCAGCAGUCCACUCGGGAACUCUUUCAAUGGAUGCCGCUGUCGACUUUCUCGAGGGUAUGCAGAGAAAGCCCUCUUCGAGCUGGAGUGAGACAAUCGGUGCCAUGGCCGUUCAAUUCCGGGGCGGUGACAUUACGCUCAAUCAGCUAUACCAGCUAGCUACUCACGGCAUUGCAUCCCUCAAGCCAUGGAACCUUGCUCUCUGGGGUAUGAUCGACCAGGUACGCAAGGGGCAGUGCACAUCAGGCGAGGCUCUAGGCUUUUUGAUCAAUUCCGCACGGGGAAAACAAUCGCCACAUCGGUCUGGUAUCCUUGUUCGAGGUGUUGGCACCCGCAAUGGAUAUCCUGCUAUCACUAUUAGACGCACACCUGUUGUUCGGGAAGACUCGUUCAUGGGAGAGAGUAUGGCCACUUCAAUUGGUGCAUCUUGUGCUGCCUUUGCUCUGAUGGUGCUGGAUUUGGGGGCACAGAAGCGGCCAGGUGUCCAGUGUCCAGAAGACUGGGCUAAGCUGGAGACUUUUAUCAAGUCUAUGGAGAGGCUUGGAUGCCCUCGGGAUCAGGUCCUCGAGUCGGUUGAGGGGUAG